UGGCUACCUGCAUCACCCACAGUGCAGGCUGUUGACUUAACAGAGGAAACCUGGCUGUUAUGAUGAUGAUGAUGUAUCUGGUAGCACUGUUGUGCGCAGGCUUGCCUCUCCUCGUCGCUGGGGGUAGACGCAACAUCAACAUGGCAGUGUCGGGAUUGUCUGAUGGCGUCAGAACCUUCAACAAAGGCACAAAGCUUGGAGUGGUUAUUGCACGAGAACGCGCACGGCUAAGCGAGAGAAUAACCGAUGAUUGUGCGGCCAAACUCAAGUAUCGACCGAUAGAUGGCGUGUGCAACAACGUGGAUAAUCCUAUUUGGGGUGCGCCUCUGCAAGCUAUGAGGCGACUUCUUCCCGCCAAGUAUGAUGACAAUAACGGCAGUCCUCGCUUGUACGGCGGAGGCAAGAACCCUCUGCCCAGUGCCAGGAAGGUCAGCACGGAGUGCUUCCCCUUUGAUAGCAUGGAUACUGAGGACAGGCCCUUCUCCCAGAUGGUGAUGCAGUGGGGGCAGUUCCUGGACCACGACAUCUCGGGCACGCCUAUGACUGGGGAGAAAGGCUGUUGUCCCGGAUUGGCUGCGAAUGGUGUCCAUCCAGACUCCAGUUCCGAAGGUCCAUGUUUCCCUAUCCCGAUUCCGCCCGGAGACAGACAUUUCAGGAACUGCAUGGAGUUUAGUCGGUCCUUACCUGUCGAUGAGUCAUCUGAGGGUUGUCACCGGGAACAGAUGAACUCCCUCACCGCCUACAUAGACUCCAGCCACGUGUAUGGAGGCUCGGAUGAAGAGACGGCCAUGCUGAGAACUCACACCGGGGGGCUGAUGAAGACGACUGGAAACGGCGACUUCCUUCCGCAUACCAACCAGACCACCUGUGUGAAACGCAACGGACAUUCCUGCUACGAUGCUGGUGACGUCCGGGUAAACGUGUUCCCAGGUCUGACUGCCAUGCACACCCUGUGGGUGAAGGAGCACAACAGAAUUGCCACCAAGCUAGCCAAAUUAAACAGUUGGGACGACGAGAAACUGUUUCAGGUAGCCCGUAAGAUUGUCAUUGGAAGUAUGCAGCACAUAACCUACAACAACUGGCUGAAGAAAGUCCUCGGUGAUAAUGUCUACCAACUCUUCGACCUGGCCAAGACAUAUCAAUACAACGCAUCUUUAAACCCCGGCGUCUUCAACAGCUUUGCUACGGCUGCGUUCAGGUUUGGUCACUCUCAGAUCGCUGGACACUACAGGGUAAAGAAAAACCCCAAGCUGGAUAUAGCGAAGAUGUACAUGGACACCUCGUAUGUCACAGAGAGCUUUGAAAAUGUCAUGUAUGGAAUCAUUGAUGGUGUCAGCCAAAAGGUUGAUGAAGCGUUUUCUACAGGUGUGACUGACCACCUGUUUGAGAACACGUCUAACCCAGGGGUGAGUCUUGAUCUAGUAGCGCUGAACAUUCAACGAGGUAGAGAUCAUGGACUGCCUCCUUAUAUGGACUUCGUCUACCAGUGGUCCAAAGUACCUGGUAUGAAGAAUCUCCUUGCUGAUGAUGUGAAUGUACCCAAAUGUGCCGUUGGACUGUAUGAGAGUCUGAGCCAAGUUGACUUAUUCCUGGGCGGCAUGAAUGAGAAGCAUUUGACGGGAGCUAUGGUGGGACCUACGUUUGCUUAUAUCAUCGCCACACAGUUCCAUAACCUACGGUACGGGGAUCGAUUCUGGUAUGAAGGACUGGAUCCAGAUCACGGGUUUACUAAAGCACAGAUAGAUGAAAUAUGUAAGGUGACCUUGGCUAAAGUGAUCUGUGACAACAGCAAAAUCAACGAUAUCCAGCCUGAUGUCUUUAAACUUACAGGAGCUGGGAACAUGAAAGUGAAGUGCAAAACUCUUCCAUCAAUCAACCUCCGGAAAUGGAAAGACUAAAACCUGUUUGAAAUCAGGACUUCCUUCUUCCCAGAUCUCCGCUAUAUCUUCUUGCAGAUGAACGUACUCACCCACUCCCAGAUCUCCGCUAUAUCUUCUUGCAGAUGAACGUACUCACCCAUUCUCAGAUCUCCGCUAGGUCUUCCUUCAGAUAAACUUGCUAACCCAUCAUUCCGCCGUCAGUCUUUUAUGGGCUGUUCUGGCCGAUCUCCGAAAUCCAGGGUCCUUCUUCCCAUGUUCGUAUGUUUUACUUCAAGUCGACAUUUCCGUGUGACGUGAAAAUUGAAUCCCCUCUUUAAAACUUUAACUGACUUGAAAACGCAUUCGUAUGUCCUUGUGUUUUCCUUGUACAUGACCUGUCUUUCCGGCUGAUCUCUGUUUUCUAGUGCUUUACGACUAAUCCCUUUACUUUCACAAAGAUACGAAUAAAAGUACCUCUAACGCCA